AGAGUCAAGUUCCCACAUCCUGUUGACUGGGGCUGGGUACUCUCACCAGCCGCAGAGACCCAGCCUACUGGAACCUGUCACAGCCCAUUGGCAACGAAGUAGCGGUUUUGUUAGAGAUGGAAGACUGGAUUCAUGGCUGGGGUCAAUGAAGAAGCUGUGGAAGUCAUUUCCCAAGGGCCAUCUGAUGGAAAAGCAGAUGUGAAGUCUCUCAUGGCGAAGUUUAACACAGGGAGUCAUCCGACAGAGGAAGUCUCAGUCAGCAACCGGCCCUUCAAAAUCACAGGGCAAAACUCACCUUCAGGAAUACAAGCCAGAAAAAACUUAUUCAGCAACCAAGGAAAUGCCUCCCCUCCUACAGGAUCCGGCACCGGGCCCAAGUUUGCGACCCCAAAGCCACCUUUGGCAAUGAAACCUACUACUGAGGAAAAGCCUGACAAGGAGCCCAAACCCCCAUCCUUAAAGCCUAGUGGAGGGGGUCAAAGAUUCGGAACACUGACAAACCCAGCCACCAGAGAACCUGAGGUAAAAGUGGGAUUUCUGAAACCUGUAGGCCCUAAACCCAGCAAUGUACCCAAAGAAGAUCCCAAACCCGUGUUUCCCCGGCCUGCUGGGCAUAAGCUGUCAUUUCACAGUGCGAACCAAGACCAAGACUUAAAGACACCCGGCUCGAAGCCGGGGCCUCCUCUUCCAGCUCCAGAAAAUGAGCAAAAGCAAGCAUUCCCAAAGUUAGCUGGAGCUAAAAGCAAAUUUAUGUUGGCAUCCCAAGAAGCUGACGCCAAACCCCUCUUCCCCAAACCUGCUUUUGGCCACAAGGCAACCCUGAGUCCCGAGGAAGCCCAGGAAGAUGACAGAGCCAUCAAGAAAGGACCCCCAGGACCUCCAGGAGUCAAGUCCAAAGUAGUCCCUUCAAAACCAGGAAGGGAAGAUCCAGAAAAUAAGGACCAAGGGGCUGACACAUCCAGUUCACCCUUUCCUGGAGUUGUUCUGAAACCUGCUGCAAGCAGAGGAAGCCCAGGAUUCUCUAGAAAUGGCGAAGAAAAGAAAGAAGAUAGGAAGGUAGACGCUACCAAGAACAUCUUCCUGAGCAAAAUGCACCAGGAGGAAGCAGCUUUGGGACCUUCUCCUGCCAAGUUUCCUAAGGCCCCUUCCAAGCUGACAGUGGGGAAGCCGUGGGCUCAAAGCCAAGAGAAGGAGAAGGGAGACAAGAAUGCUACCACCCCAAGGCAGAAGCCACUGCCUUCCUUGGUGACCUUGGGUCCACCUCCGCCAAAACCCAGCCGACCACCCCAUGUCGACCUGACAAGAUUCCGAAAAGCUGAUUCUGCAAACAGCACCAGCAAAGGCCAGACGCCUUACUCCACAACUUCCCUGCCACCAACUCCACCGUCCUGCUCAGCAAGCCAGCCACCACUACCACCAUCCCACCCAACACAAUCGCCACUUCCAACCCUACCUCCCAGAAAUAUUAAGCCUUCCUUUGACCUCAAAAGCCCUGUAAAUGAGGAAAAUCAAGAUGGCAUCGUGCACUUUGAUGGUACUGGAAACCUAGAAGAGGAACAAGAGAGUGAAGGAGAAACAUAUGAAGACAUAGAAGCUUCCAAAGAACGGGAGAAGAAACGAGAGAAGGAAGAAAAGAAAAGAUUAGAACUGGAGAAGAAGGAGCAGAAAGAAAAAGAAAAGAAAGAACAAGAGUUAAAGAAGAAAUUUAAACUAACAGGCCCUGUUCAAGUCAUCCAUCAAGCAAGGGCCUGCUGUGAUGUCAAAGGGGGGAAGAAUGAACUAAGCUUCAAGCAAGGAGAGGAAAUUGAAAUAAUCCGCAUCACAGACAACCCUGAAGGAAAGUGGCUGGGCAGAACUACAAGAGGGUCAUAUGGUUACAUUAAAACAACCGCAGUGGAGAUUGACUAUGAUUCUUUGAGACAGAAAAAGAACUCUCUGGGUCCUCUUUCAUCACGACCUAUUGAAGAUGACCAGGAAGUGUAUGAUGAUGUGGCAGAACAGGAUGCUAUUAACAGCCACAGUCACAGUGGGAGUGGAGGGAUAUUCCCAGUGGAACCAGAUGAUGACAUUUAUGAUGGAAUAGAAGACCAAGAUGCUCACGAUGGUUCCACACUACAGGAUGAAGAGAAGAUUAGCAUGUGGUCCUGGGGGAUUUUGAAGAAGUUAAAGGGAAAAGAUGACACAAAGAAAAGUAUUCGAAAGAAACCUAAAGUCUCUGAGUCAGACAAUAAUGAAGGUUCAUCUUUCCCAUCUCCUCCUAAACAACUGGACAUUGGAGAAGAAGUUUAUGAUGACGUGGAUGCCUCUGAUUUUCCUCCUCCACCAGCAGAGAUAUGUCAAGCAAUCAACACUGGAAAGCCCAAGACUGAAGAAAAGGACCUUAAGAAGCUAAAAAAGCAGGAAAAGGAAGAAAAAGACCUCCGGAAAAAAUUUAAGUAUGAUGGUGAAAUUAGAGUUCUAUAUUCAACCAAAGUUGUGCCCUCCUUAACUUCUAAAAAAUGGGGAGCGAAGGAUCUACAGAUAAAACCUGGGGAAUCCCUUGAAGUUAUACAAAGCACAGAUGAUAUAAAAGUUCUCUGCAGGAAUGAAGAAGGGAAAUAUGGUUUUGUCCUUCGGAGUCAUCUGGUAGACAAUGAUGGAGAGAUCUAUGAUGACAUUGCUGAUGGUUGCAUCUAUGACAAUGACUAGCCCUCAGCUCUGUUCACUCUGCUGUCUUCAUCAGGUGCCAACACAAAGUCUGGUUUAAAUUGAUAUAUGUUUCUGGUAUUAUGGGAAACAAAUCCACAAAUGAUGUAUUGCCAUUUGCUGUGAAAUUCUGCUUACCUUUAUAAGGCUUUGAAUUUUUUUUAAUUUUAGAAAAUGACAUCUUAAUCAGUAUCUCAAAAGAUUAUAUUAAUGGCAGGUAAGAAUUAUUUCAGUUUGGCGAUGAUUAUAAAGACACUCCCUUACAAUACUGUUAGACUAUCUCUCUUACAAACCUUCCAAAGUAAAAGAAAAAAAGAGGGAAAAAUGUACUGUCAAAAAUAUAUGAAAAAAAUCAGGAAGGAAAUUUUAAAAACAUUCUUCGAGAAGAAAAAAAAAACCUAUCAUUUAAUCUUAAAAUAUCUAUUCAAAUUAUCUGUCUCCUCUCCUGCUGGUGGGUUAAUUUUUUUUACAACUUCUAGCAGUAAAAUUAUUGCAUAUAGUUUGUCCCUAGGCGUUCGUUGUGAAAAUGUUAAUUAUUUCAUAAGAAUGUUAUCCAUGCUGUGUGUACAUCUAAGAUUAAGUAUAGAAAAGUGUUAUUUUUGUGGAUCCAUGUGCUAACAUCUAAUUAUGUGCUCUGUUUAAACACAUGUCCUUAUUGUAAUUAGAAUUGACACAGAUGAGGAACUCCCUAUAUCUAUGAAGAAGUGAAGAAUGAAACUUGGAACUGCUCUAGCUUUUUUUAUAGCACUUCUUUUUUAUGAAAACUCUUAAAUAUUGUUGCUUGGUUUUCAGUUACUUCUACAGAGGUUAAAAUGUGGUUUAACCUCUUUACUAGUAAGCUGGUCAGCAAAAGAUAGAUCCAUGUAUUUGAGCUAGGCUACCCCUUUCAAACCAACUCAUCCUCAAAGCAGACACCAUAUAGGAGACAUUAGGUUUCAAGUGCUUAGAACACUUAACACCAUAACAUAAAACACAAAACUCUAAGAAUAAAUAAUAUGAAUGAAUUUUCACAACUUCUAAGAUAUGAAAUUAAUGAAUUUGAAACUGCUUUUCUCUAUUAUUAAACCAGGAUGUAACAUUAAAUAUGUUAUUGAUCCUAUGUCCUCAUCUAUAAAUUACAGGAUUAAACUAAGGGUUUCUCAACAUU